CGAGAGCUUGGCGUUCGUGCCAUUAUUCCCAGAAAAUAGCCCAUAAAAGCAUCCUUCCAGGCGAGUCCCGCCGCAACCACAAGCAUCGCAAUCCGCCCCAGCUUUCCCCAAACAACCUGUCUCGCCUCGCCCGGCAAAGUAGCCACGUUCCAGAAGGCUAAACACGCUUAACCUUAUUCUGGAACCUGCGUGCCACACUCCAACCCCCCAAACACCACCCUCAUCUACAAAAAGCCCUCACUCAACAUGUCCGGCUUCCGCAACUUCUCAUCCAACGAGAGCCUGCACAACGACUCCCCAACCCUCUCCAGCGCCCUCGACGCAGACGACUGGGACGCAGACGACAAUAGCGACCCGCAAACAGUGCAGCAAACUAAUUCAGCAAUCUCAUCCCCACGCGGGUCCAUCUCGACAUCUACAUCUGCGCUUCCGUCAUCGGGGAAUAAUUGGAGGGAACAGAGCGGUGGCGAUUGGUUGGCUGCGAAACGUCAGCAGCAAUCUAGUGGUCAGACAUCUCAGCCGUCGCCCGUGAAGCCGUUUGUGGCAUCGCCUGCUCCGAAUAAAUCUUCGUUUACGAAACCGGCUAUCCCGGCGCACAGUGUACCGACCAGGCCACCUUCGAAACCUGCUAGGCAACCUGAAGCGAACCUCCCCACCUCCAUCCCCGCAUACCCCAGCGCAAUCAACAGCACCGGCGGUCUCCACCCCUCCACAAACACCACCGACACCCCCCGCAAAUUCUCCGCCGGCAGCAUGGGCAUCAACACCCAAGCCCUCUCGGCAAAGUACCCCUACUUCACGCCAUCCGAAAUCGCCGCGUUCCACCAACAAUACACCCUAGUCGACAAAGAAAACCGCGACAAAGUCCACCCCUCCGACCUCUCCAAUGUCGCCACCAAAGCCGGCGCGAGUUUCCAGGACGUCACCCAGAAACUCUCCCAGCUAUCCCUCGUCGACGACGGCGGCCUCGUCUCGUUUGAAGGAUUGUUGAAGGCGGUGUCGAAGGUGCGCGAGGAUAAGGGCGCGGCCAAGCAGACGGGCGAUAAGCAGAAGAUUGUGUUGCAUGGACAUGGGGAGAAUACGACGCAUACGAUCAAUGAGGAUGAGAAGGAGUCGUUUACGCAGCAUAUUAAUCAGGCGUUGGCGAGGGAUGCGCAUUUGAAGGAUAGGUUGCCGAUUGAUCCUUCGAGCAUGCAGAUUUUCAGCGAGUGCAAAGACGGUCUCAUCCUUGCCAAGCUCAUCAACGACUCUGUCCCCGGCACCAUCGACGAUCGCGUUCUGAACGUCCAGAAGAAGCUCAACCCCUUCCACAUGACUGAAAACAACAACGUCGUCGUCAAUUCCGCCAAAGCCGUCGGCUGCAGCGUCGUUAACAUCGGCGCACAGGACCUGAUCGAAGGCCGCGAGCAUCUGAUCCUUGGCCUGAUCUGGCAGAUCAUCAAGAUUGGUCUGCAGGCCAAGAUCGAUAUCAAGGUCCACCCGGAGCUGUUCCGUCUCCUCGAGACCGGCGAGAGCUUGGAGGAGUUUUUGAAAUUGCCUCCGGAGCAGAUCCUGCUGCGUUGGUUCAACUACCAUUUGAAGAAGGCGGGCUGGUCAAGGAAGGUGACCAAUUUUUCGGGAGAUGUUAAAGAUGGCGAGAACUACACGGUCCUCCUCGCCCAGCUCGCCCCUUCUACCUGCACGCGCCAACCGCUGCAGAUUUCAGACCUCUUCGAACGCGCCGAAGCCGUCCUGCAGAACGCAGACAAGCUCGGCUGCCGCAAAUACCUGACCGCCAAAACCCUCGUCGGCGGCAACGCCAAAUUGAAUUUCGCGUUCGUCGCGCACCUCUUCAACACCCACCCCGGCCUCGAGAAGCUGUCCGAAGCCGAGAUGGCGCAAUUAGACGAGUGGCUGUUCUCAUCUGAGGGCGACCGCGAAGCCCGUGCGUUUGCGCUGUGGCUCAAUUCACUCGGCGUUGAACCUUUCGUCAACAAUCUGUUUGAUGAUUUGCGCGACGGGUUGGUGCUUCUGCAUGCGAUGGAUAAGGUGCACCCGGGCGUGGUGGACUGGAAGAAGGUGAAUAAAGCGCCGGUGUCGUCGAAGUUCAAGAAGGUGGAGAAUUGCAAUUAUGUGGUUGUGUUGGGGAAGAGUAUGCGGUUUUCGUUGGUGGGGAUUGGGGGGGUGGAUAUCACCGAUGGGAAUAAGACUUUGACUCUUGCCCUGGUAUGGCAACUCAUGCGCGAACACGUCAUCCAAACCCUCCGCUCCCUCUCCACCGCCGGCCGCGAGAUCACGGACUCGGACAUGAUCAAAUGGGCCAACGACACCGUCCGCACGCGCGCCGCCAAACACAGCACCAUGGCCUCCUUCAAAGACCCGUCCCUCUCGACCUCCGUGUUCUUCCUCGACCUCCUGCAGGGCAUCAAGAAGGGGGUUGUGAACUACGAGCUUGUGAGCCCUGGGCAGAGCGAGGACGAGCAAAAGAUGAAUGCCAAAUAUGCGAUCAGCAUUGCGAGGAAAUUGGGGGCGACGAUCUUUGUGUUGCCGGAGGACAUUGUGGAGGUGAAGAGCAAGAUGAUUUUGACGUUUGUGGGGACGUUGAUGGCGUUGGAUAAGGUGCAGAAUGCUGCGUAGAGGGCGUGGAUGGGGUGGAUAGCUUUUGGGGUACGAUGGGCCUUGGAAUAGCGCUACCCGUUGGCCUUUUUGAUAGCGGCAUUCUGCGCUGCCCCCAUUAGUUACGUACGUACACUGUUCAGCAAUGGCAUAUGCAUCAAUGUUGAGAUGUUGGAUUCAUGGAAGCCACUGUUGCGAUGCGUUUUGUUGCAAGUUACAGUACAUAAAAAAGGGCCAGCGACGCGACGCCGUUUUGGGAGGGAGGCGUGUGGGAGUGUGCCGCACGGAGGGAGUGAUGCGAUCACGUGCCCGAGCGGCGAGCCUCCCGCAUGCGUGACAGUCCUCCCCCAACCGCUUUCCCGAGGUGUGGCUUCCCUC